AUGAGUUCUGUCUCUACGGCGUCACUGAAUUGUCUUCCAGAUGAGCUUCUUGUCCACGUCUUGUCCUCCCUGGAAACGAAACAAGCUGCUUCAACCUCUGUUCUCUCCAAGAGGUGGAGGACUUUGUUUGCUGUCCGGCGUAAUCUUGACUUUGACGAUUCCAUCAUUUCUCACCCGGAAGUGGGUGAACAGAACAUGGACGACGUUCAAGAGAGUUUCAGGGACUUUGUCGAUAAAAGAUUGGCUUUCCAAGGCAGUGUCCCUAUCAACAAGUUCUCACUUAUAUAUGGAGAUAAACAUGACGAUGUUCGUGUUGAUCGCUGGAUAAAUACCGCGCUGGAACACGGUGUCUCUGAGCUUCAUUUAUGCUUAACAUCUGUGACUCGACGUCUACAUCGUUUCCCAUCCAAUGUAUUCAGGAGCACAACAUUGGUUAAACUUACAUUGGGAACAAAUCUCUUCAUCGUCUAUUUUCCUUCUGAUACGUGUCUUCCGGUUCUUAAGAUUCUCGUCCUUGAUUCGAUUUGGUUUGAUAGAAUAAAGUUCUCUAAUGUGCUUCUUGCUGGAUGCCCUGCACUUGAGGACUUAACCAUAGACCAAAAGUCUUUUCCAGGGUUGCCGAACGUUGUUUCGAGCAAAACCGUUAAGAGUCUAUCCAUCGUCUAUAAAUAUUCUGCUGAUUUCGAUUGGUUUCGCACUGUUGCACUUGACACACCAAACCUUGUCACCCUCCUCUACUCUACCUAUGCUCGGCAUAGGUAUCGACAUUGCAAUUUAGAGUCCCUUGUCAAUGCUACACUGGAUCUUCAUUUCUUAGAAAAUUGUGAUGAGGCUUUUGAACCGAAUGUGACGGAUCUCAUGAUUGCGGUACGCAAUGUCCAGAUGCUUCAUUUGACUUCUUCUGCUACUGAGGUGAUUUCGCAAUGCUGCAAAGGCGGGCUCCCCAUGUUCAAAAACCUCCUUGUUUUAGUGUUUUUGGGUAACACUGAACGAGUUUGGAAAGUGUUUCUUCCACUUCUGCUAGAGCAUUCUCCGAACCUAACAAAAUUGUGUCUCGAGUCUCUCUUCUUAAUACUUCAGGGUCUGUAUCAUGGCACAGAUGAAGAUGAGUUUGAUGAAAUUCACAUUCCCCGGAGUAACAAAGUUAACAUGUUGCGUAUCAUACAGUGUCAAGGAACUGAAAACGAGCUGAAACACAUUAGCCAUUUCUUACUGAAAAUGGAGUGUCUUCAAUUGGUGCAAGUCAAUUUUUCAGAGACAAUUGUUGACUCCAAAAAGGUGCAACUCACAGAGGAUCUGAUGAAGCUUCCCUCUGCUUCAUCCAGGCUCACGAUGCAAGUCAUUUGA